CUGCUUCGCUGCGGUUCGUUCGCUCGUCGUACCGCUGCUCCACGUUUCACGUCGUCCACGUCGCUCGCGCAACUUCGAUCCGGAUACGGAUCCGGCGGCCUUUCGCUCGACUCGCGCAAAAAUAUCUGCGCCAAAUGUUCAAUGAAUGAAUUUAAAAAUGAAAUUAAAUGCAACAAAUUAACGCACACGAAACGACAACAAAAUAAAGAUAAAUUAAUCUAAUCAAUCUGCUGGCGGCCAUCUUUUUGCUGGCACUGUUUCAGUGUCGCACUUGCCGUGUGGUGAUAGUCGGGCACGGCAAUUAGUCCGAGUCCGGGUCCGAGUGACGGCCCAGUUCGAGGAAGGAACCGAAAGAGUUCCACGAGAAGAGAAAAUAAUUCGCAACACGUGUUGCGGUUGACACAGUGCGUAUGAAAGAUGUGCGGCCCUGCCCUGCACAAGUGAGCGGCAGUGCUGUGUCAGUGGCGCCGGUGGUGCUAGCAAAUGAGUUAAUACUUUUUUCUGUGUGAAAGUGUGUGUGUGUGAUAGUGCCUGGCACAUGGUCCCCCGGCGGAAAGUUGGAUGAAAAUAAAAAGCCAAGUUCCAAAACAUCACCUUUUGUUUGGAUACAUCGAAGCGGAAUCGGAAUCUGAUUUGGUAAUCAAACAACAAAAGCACAAAACUAAAGCAAAAGAGAAACACGGAUAUCAACCAUAAAUAAUCAAACUACAGCGCUCAAAUUACCAAAGAAUCUAAAAAAUCAUAGUCGGAUAAGCUAUCGUUAUCCCAGCUGGUCUGGCCUUGAACUUGUUCCCUUCGCAGUUAUUGCUAAUUGAACGCACAUAGAACGGACUCCCUGCUGCUGCCCCCACCACCCCCCAUCUUCCCGCCCCAUCCCCAGCUCCGAUUCCCGCCCAAAAUGCUUCAGCAUCCUGCCACAGAUUUCUACGAUCUGGCCGCGGCCAAUGCGGCCGCUGUCCUCACCGCCCGCCACACACCCCCCUACAGCCCCACAGGCCUGAGUGGCUCGGUGGCGCUCCUCAACAACAACAACAACAACAGCAGCACCGGCAACAGCAAUAACAACAACAAUAACAAUCUGGACAUCAUGACGCACAAUGGAGUGGUAGUGGGCGGCGGCGUAGGCACCGGUGGACUGCACCUAACGGGUGGCAGCAAUGGGGGAGUGACGGGAGGUGGUGCCUCCGGCGGAAGGGAGAACCUGCCGAGCUUCGGCUUCACCCAGGAGCAGGUGGCCUGCGUCUGCGAGGUCCUGCAGCAGGCCGGCAACAUCGAAAGACUAGGCCGCUUCCUCUGGUCGCUGCCACAAUGUGAUAAGCUGCAGCUGAACGAGUCCGUGCUGAAGGCCAAGGCGGUCGUUGCAUUCCAUCGCGGCCAGUACAAGGAGCUGUAUCGCCUGCUCGAGCAUCAUCACUUCUCGGCCCAAAAUCACGCCAAACUCCAGGCCCUGUGGUUGAAAGCGCAUUAUGUGGAAGCCGAAAAACUGCGCGGAAGACCCUUGGGUGCUGUUGGCAAAUAUCGGGUUCGUCGCAAAUUUCCAUUGCCCCGCACCAUCUGGGAUGGCGAGGAGACGAGCUACUGUUUUAAGGAGAAAUCCCGCUCCGUACUGAGAGACUGGUACUCGCACAAUCCAUAUCCAUCGCCCCGGGAGAAACGCGAUCUGGCCGAGGCCACCGGACUGACCACCACGCAGGUUUCCAAUUGGUUCAAGAAUCGACGACAAAGAGAUCGAGCCGCCGAGCAUAAAGACGGCUCCACGGACAAGCAACACUUGGACUCCUCCAGCGACUCGGAGAUGGAGGGCAGCAUGUUGCCCAGUCAAAGCGCACAACAGCAACAACAACAACAGCAGCAGCAGCAGCAGUCACCCAACAACAACGGCCUGCAUCAACAGCAACUGCAGCAUGCUGCCGCCGAACAGAGCCUGCAACAUCACCCCCAUCAGCAACACCAUCCCGCCGCCACCGGGCCCACAAGCGUUGUCAGCAAGACAGGUCACAGCGGGGCAGGUGGUGGCGGGGCGGGGCCGGUGUCGGGCGCCGCAACAGCAACACAAAUGCAAAUGCCACCCCUCUCCGCUGCCGUUGCCUACUCCCACCUGCAUAGUGUGAUGGGCGCCAUGCCCAUGACCAUGUACGACAUGGGGGAGUAUCAGCACUUAUGAUUCUAGUUGGAGGCGGCUGCUGCCGCUACCAGCGGGAGCGGAAGCGGAGGCGGGAAGGCAAGCGGAAACGAAAGCACGAGUCCGAGUGCCGCCGCCAACAGCAGCAAUGCCUACGGAUGGUCAAUGUCAGUGCCGUCGGCGCACUAUCAGCGCCAGCAGGAUCUGUCGGAAAGCUUUUACUUCUGAUUCGAUCCGAGCCGAUCCUCGAGCGGAGCUGGGCGGAACCUUAGCAAUAUUUAGAGAGCGCAUUGUCGUAGCAACAAAUUCUAUUUAAUCGUUAGACACAGCAACACUUUCUGCAUAAGCUAGCAUUUUUCUGCAACCAAUGGAAAGAGAGAGAUACGGAGAUAUACAGAAAGAGGGGGAGGGAUAGGGAUUAAAAAAGGCACCACGCUGCAGCACAAGCUUUUGGCAACCCAAAAAAACCUAGAGAGAAAACUUGGAAGAAAACUGCAUCGAUCUGUGUAAAUAGCUAGGCUAGGUUUUAGUUUUAGAGCGGUUGGAGACGGAGGCAGGUACAACCGAAAUGCAAAUCAAAUCGAAAUGUGCAAACAAUUAUACAUAUACGACUAUUAUAUAUUAUUAUAUACAUCUGUAUCUACGUAAUGCAUAAAUUAUACACUUUUAAUUGUAGCCUUUAGUAAUCAUAUUUUUGUUAACAAUAAAUUCUAUUAAAUUAUUUUAAA